AUUCAAACUUUGUUGGUGUGAUUUACGUACACAAUGGGCUCUAUUUUGUCACGAUUCAGUUCACGUAAAGAUGAAAAAUCAGACACAGAUUCACGUUCAGCAACUACUAUACGCAAACGUUUUAGUUGGAGAUCUAAUAAAAAGCCAGCUGAUGUCGGUGGUACUUCAGUGAACCGAUCAAGUACUAUGCCUGCAAGAACUAGAUUACAACCAACUGAAGAAACUCCUGAAGACAGAAAACAUGAUGACAUUUUUGAUAGUGAACAAGAUGAAAAGAGUUGUUCAAAGUCUGUUGUCAAACCAAAUCAAAAUGACGAUACUUCACAACAUUCAAGUGGACAACUGGAACAACACAAUGUAGAAUGCGCUAAAAAACCUAUCGUAUGUGAAAUACCUGGAGGAAAAGAUGAGAAGCAACCUAUUCAAAUUUCAUCGACUAAUGAACCAGAAAACAAAGAUAAUAUGGCAAGGACAAUUUCUACGGAAGAAGCUGAACUGUUGAUUGGCCGUGUUCUACCAAAUCAGGAAAAUGUUAGUCCUCAUGAAAAUAUAACUGUAUCAGAAACAAAUAGUUCUCUUACUCAUGAUAAUAUAAAUUUCAGUCAUACUGAAAAUCUAAUAGUUAAUAAACAACAACUACAAGAAACAUUGGACCACUCUAUUCAUAAUUCUUGUCUAACGAUGGACCAACAAGAAAUUACUAAAGACCAGAAUGGAUUUGUUGAUGAUACUCAGCAUCAUUUUGAAGAUAAGACAGAUUUAUUAAAAGAUGAUAUCCACUCUGAAAUAGUUCGAGAAGAGAUAAAAUUGGAGCAAAAUCCACCAUUAUAUCUUUCUCCAGAAGAGAAAGGAGAAUUUGUGCAUCAGGAUAUCCGUAGAGAUAACAGUACUGAACAGUUAAACGCUGAAAAUGAUAUUAUAAAACAGGAAGGUGAAGAAAAUCUGAGUAUUAAAGGUUCUAGUCAUAAUGAAGUUAUGCAGUCUUCACCGGCGGUAUGCUUUUCUCGUUCAAAUGUAGUUGAAUAUCCACCUCCUGAGCAGACACACGUUGUUGAUAUAGAUGAACAAACGUAUAAUCACCAAACAAAUAAUAUUUCAAACAUUCAAUCUUCAGAAACUGUUGGAGAGAAAGAUUUAAUCCAUGAGCAGAUUGUACAGAAUGAGUUAUUGGAAUGUUCAGCUGAACCUCGUCCAUUCCAUAAUCUAUCUAACAAUGAAGAAUUCUCUAAUUCAGAACUUAUUGACACAGAUAACAAGGUGAAUUUCGUUGAAACUGAGAAUACAUUAGAUAACGUAAUUUCAGAACAUGUCGAACAGAAAGAUGUAUUCCAAGAAACAAUGGAAAAAGAGUUCAACAAAAUCUUAAUCAAUUCAAGUGAAACAAAAAUUUUGUCGGCUGAUGAACCACCUAUUAAUUUGAAUGAUGACAUAAAUGCAAAACAAACCGAGAAUCUCUCUCACCAUAAAGACACAGAGCAUGAAGCACCGAUUGACGAGGAAGAAACACUCAAUGAACUAGAUAAAUGCUUAUCUCAACCAGGUUUGACAUAUGACCCAAUGCAUAGUGUAUCUCCUAUCACCACGGAACCCAUUAAUUUAAAUGAUGAUAUGCAUGUUGAACAAACUGAGAAUCUCUCACACUCUGAAAACAUGGAGUCUAUUAAUUUGAAUGAUGAUAUACAUGUCGAACAAACUGAGAAUCUCUCUCACCAUAAAGACACAGAGCAUGAAGCACCGAUUGACGAGGAAGAAACACUCAAUGAACUAGAUAAAUGCUUAUCUCAACCAGGUUUGACAUAUGACCCAAUGCAUAGUGUAUCUCCUAUCACCACGGAACCCAUUAAUUUAAAUGAUGAUAUGCAUGUUGAACAAACUGAGAAUCUCUCACACUCUGAAAACAUGGAGUCUAUUAAUUUGAAUGAUGAUAUACGUGCAGAACAAACGGAGUACACUUCACCUUCUGAAUACAAUGUAAAUAAUAAUAUGUCUACGGAGAAGUUCAUUGACACUGUAGUGGAAAGCUCAGCUGAACCAGGUAUGGAAUGCGAUUUCUCGUCAAAUGAGUCACAUUUUACAUCAGAACUGGUAUUAAGUGAAGAAAAUAGAGAAGCUACUACAGACGUUGACUUAGAACAUCCUACUGAAGAUAUUAAAACAGAAGAUAUUCAUCAUGAGCAAGCAAAUGACAAUGAAACUUUAACUACACUCGAAGAAUCAGUUAACCUGCAAAAUACAAUGAACUCGAGUCAUAUUGAUGAUGAAAUUGAUCAGCAUCAAAUACUUGAAGUAUCGUACAAUGAAAAUCAUUCUGAUGUUCCACUUAAUGCAGAUACCAUCGAUGUAAUCACUUCAGACAAUUUACAUACAAAUUUGAUAAGUACAAAUGAUGUACUAAACCAACAGGAUGUGUUCAAUUCAAUGUCAAUGAAUGAUAAUAACGAUAUCAUGAAGAAUUUAGAAAAUUCUAAAAAUAAUGAAAUUCAUGAAUUUGAAGAUGAAGCCCAAUCUUUAGUUCAAUCUGUUUUAAGCAAUGCUAAAGAAUUUGUCUUUAAUGAGAAUAAUUUUGAUAAUCAUUACAACUCUGAUAAUAAUAAUAAUACAAAUCUUAUCUUGACCAAUAAUAAUAGUAACAAUAAUGAUUAUCUUACUACUAAUAAUAACAGUUCUAUGAAUGAAGAAGAUACUAUUGAAAUGAAACAAGAUAUAACAAUGAAACCAUCAAUGGAAUUUGAUCAUUCUGAUCUAUCUGAAUUAAAUAAUCAACUUUUAAAGAACACAACUGAUUUUGCCAUAGCAUAAAUACAGCAACAACAAUAACAAAUGACACAUCGUUCUUCUUUUCUUUUUUUUUUUUUGGUGACAUUAUUUGUACACAUCAAAGAAACCUAUGAUAUGUUCAUCAUUAGUCAAACUCAAUGAGAAUCUAAUUGUUCUUGUUAAAUUUAAGUAAGUUUCAUUGUUAUAAUUAACAUGACCAUUAAUAAGACAGAGAUAACUACUACUACUACUACUACUACUAAUUCUCGGUUAUUGAUUGAUACUAUAUAUAGUUCCGUUUUGCCUAUCAAUGCUUUCCGAUUAGUUUAAUAACAUUAUCUUGAUCAUUGUUAUUCUAUGAUUGACUAUGGUUUACAUUUCAUAUAUAUAUAUAACAAUAAUCUUAUCCAAUUAUUUCAUCUUUGUAUGUUUCAUUAUGCAUUUUCCUAUUUGAAACGAUUUAUGAGACAGGAGUAAAUUUUGUUUUUUGGAUUCACAAGCAAGACUGUAACCAUAUUUAUAUAUAUAUUUUAUACAACGAAUUGACAUUGCUUUUGUUUGAACCGAGUGUUUUGUAUUAGAACAAAAAGUAUAUCCAUUUUUCUCUAUUUUUGUGGAGAAAAGAAAAAAAAUAUAAAAAAAAUAAAUUGUUCCCAUGAAUAAUCAAUCGAUGUUUGCUUUAUUUUUUACUGCUUUACCAUCCAACGAACUAGUUUGUUGCUAUGGCAUGAAUGAUUGGAAUAUCUUCUCUGUGUUUUUUUUUCUUGAAAUUGUCAUGUUCUUUUAUUGAUUUUAACUUUAAUGCUUACUUACUUAAAUAAUGAGUAGUUUCUUUUUCUCAUUUUUCCCAGUAAUGAAUUCAUUUGUGUAGUAUCAGUUUUGUUGUGCUACAACCCACACACACACACACACAGUAUGCUUAUAAUCUUGUCUUAUUUUUUUAUCAAUAAAAAAUCGAAUUACCAUUUUGGUUACUUAAUUGUUAAAUAUUAAUAUUCUUAAUUAUUAUUACGAAGAAGAAAAUAAAACACAAUUACAUUGAUUAU